GCUGAGUCACUGCCAUGGAGACGCGUCGGGGGGGGGGCCCUAGAGAGAGGCGGCGGCGGCUCCGGGGGGAAGGCUCAGCAGUAGCUCAGUGUGAGAGCCAGGGUGUGCCCCAUGCAGGAGAGUCCAGGAUGCAAGGGGGUGCAGGAAUUGCUGCUUGGGAAGGAGAAAGGCAAGACCAGCAGCAAGCAGCCAGGUAAGGGGAUCCUAACCCCUACGCCAUCCUCAUCCCUACCACAGGCCACAGGCAAGAAGAAACCACAGAAGAAGAAGAAAAAGAAAGCAGACCAGGAUGAUAGUAACACCAGGAGCAGCGGGCAUGGCAGCAGCCCCUCCGCCUCUGAGGAGACAGAUAAACAUCACAGCAAAAGCAGGAAGCAUCAGACCCUCUCUGCUCAGUUACUUGAAAUACUAAGCGUCAGGAAGGAUCCUGACCUAGCACAAAAUGCUGUAAAGGGGAUUCACAUUGAUGCAGAAAUAAAUAAGUUUUUAUUAUCAGCUUCCAAUACUUCAGGCUCUACCCAAACAGAGCAGGACAUUUCUGAUCAGAUCAAUGAAAGCCUUCGGUGGGAUGGGAUUCUUGAAGAUCCUGCUGCUGAGGAAGAAAGGCUGCGUAUCUAUAAACUGAACAGAAGGAAACGCUACGGGUUAUAUGUCCAGCAACAGCUACCCACAGAGCCAUGUUUGACUCUGAAGCAUUUCCCAUUACUUCAAACCAAAGAUCCAUACACAAACAGUGGUCAGACAAUAUGUCAGGAGGAUCGCUCCAGUCCUUAUUUUCAGGAAAAUAAAGAAGAGGUCCUGAAUGCUGAGCUAGCUACCAAAGUGUCUGAACUGCAACCAGCAGCAUUACCAAAUAUUUCUCAGGAAGUUGUGUAAACCAGUAUUGUUCUCUAUUUUAUAUCUGUAUUUAAAACAGUAACGGCAACAAAACCGUCACUUUGAAACUUUGUAUAUACCUUUGUUCACGGCAAUGUUGUUAGUGGGAUUUAUUCCCCAUACUAACAGGGUAUUCCAUUUACUUCUGCCAGACCUGUUAUAAAACUCUACAUGGAAAGUGGACAAUAAAACAAUUAUUUUGAUGGUUUUAUUAAAAGGUUCUCUACAUCCUACUACUCUGCCCUCAAGUACCCUCUUACUGCUCAGACGUUAUUCAUAAAUAGCAGUGUCUUACUGGAUUAUCUCAGUGCUUUUCAAACACGAAUGCAUUAAGCCUCACAGUACCUCUGUGAAGUGGGCAGAUGUUAGCCCAUGUUGCAGAUGGGGAAAUUGAGGCAGUAAGUAGCUAAGUGAUUUGAUACUGUGCAUAGAGACUAGAGUAAGUGAUAUGCAGAUAGGCUUGCCUAAGGUCAGAUGCAUUGAAGAAUCAGGAUUAAAAUCCAGGUCUCAGUGCCUGGCUUGCUCUUAUGGCAAUCUUGCUAGACAAUACUACUUUCUUCUGUUACAAAAACUUAUUGUAUUGAUCCCUGAACUCGGAGAUUUAAAUCAGAAACAAAGUGCACUAAAUUGAAAAGUGCCCUUUUCUCAAGUGACAGGAUUGUCCUUGUCAAUACCGUGAUUGCUGCAGCAACAUGGCUCUGGGUGUCUUCUGCAUCGGUGGCCAAAAUUAACAAAACAAAAAAAAUCAUUAGUCUUUCACUUAAUAGGCUUCCCCGCCCAUUCCAUCAGCCUUUCAGAUGCCCUUGUUUUUCAUCACACACACAGUAAUGUCUUUCAUACGACUUCCUCAGAAUACUUUUACAAUAUUAGAAUAUUAAAAAAUAGCCAAGGGCAGACAAAAGGAGAUGUUUUGGGGAAAAAAAGACCAUGCAUCUGAAAGAAGAGAGAUAAUAAGUUCUCGUAACUUCCCUCUACCUGCUCGGAAAUAUGUUCCUUUGAUUUAAAAACACUUCUUAAACGCUAUUUGAAUGCACUGGUCUUUUCUAACAACUAUUGUCUUAUAUGCAUAGGACUCCUCUGUUUUCUUUAAUAUUUUAUCACUGAAUGAUCCUCUAAUCCUAUUGCCUUUAAUUGGCUGCAUAAUGCCACUGGCACUUUUGCAAUGGCAGGUUGGUUCUUUAUAAAUAUAUUCUGUUUCAAGACUCACUAGAUUCCAACAAUGUCAUUACUUGAAAACCAAGCGCUUAUGCAAAGGGGUGGGCAAAUGAGCAGCGAAAAAAGUACACAAAAAACUCUAUUAUGAAUUAAAGAAUUGGUAUUCUGUUGCAUCAAUUCCUACCCUUCUAUCGAUAUUAAAAAAAAAAAAAAAAAAAUCCACAAGCCUGGAAAGUCAGAAGCAUUUAACAAGACAGUAGGCAUCCAGACACAUAAGUUAGAGUUCUCUGACAAGAACAGCUGGUCACAAAUCAAAUUUUUUUUUAAAUAUAUAAUACAUUCCAAUAACUUUUUAUAUACUAUGCCCAUCAGAGCACCUGGACUAUCCCCACCCCCAUUUAAAAAAAAAUCCACAAUCAAAAGAGUUUUGUCUGUUUAAAUACUCAGUUCAUUUGAAAACAACAACUGCUUUGUUUGCAAUAUGUGGCAAAAUACAUAUCAGAAACCAGAACUAGCUCUUUAGGAAUAAAAUGGUACCAGAUGUGAAAUACAUGCUGUGGGGAGAAUUUCCAAUAGUCUUAAAAGAACAUCUUCAAGUGUCUUACUAAACUCAUGAAGCCAUAGCAUUUGUAUUAUAUUUGUAUAGGCAAUUUUAUACUUGAUAUGGCUUAUUAGAGAAUUUAGCAACAAUCAAGUCUGAUAAAAGAAACAGGAUCUAAGAUCAGCUGAAUAUAUUAAGUCUUUAGUUCUAAGUAAAUCGUGUAAUAAAUGAUAUCUAACUGUUCCACACCGUACUUACCCACUAAUUUCAGUAAUAACUCCCAGCCAGACAGAGUUAAUGCAGUAGAGAUGAACCAGCCAUUUGUGACUCUAGUUCGCAUUCAAGACCCAUCAACAACCAAUAAGGCUUCAGUUAAAAAGAGACUUCCCUACAAUUAUGGUUUUCAUAUAAUUUAUUACUAGUUAAACGAGAUAAAGCAAAUUAAAACUUUGUUGUUGUUUUUUUGGGGGGGGAAAUCAUGUCACAGACAGCAGAAUGUAUUGGAUCUUGCACAGUGAGAACCAAGGUGUUGCAAUAUAGUAAUCUGAAUUUUUUAAAAAGCAUCUUCCAUCAGUUACCAUCUUUUUAAAGAGGAACAUCAAUAAAUCUGUGUUUUUAAACCAUGUGUUGUGUCAAACCAUAGUGUAAGUGUUCUUUCUAAUUUAACUUGGAACAGGUCAUGGUUACAAUUUUAAAAUAAAACUUCUCUCCAAAAUCUUGUAAUGAAUUCAGGGGAACAGUGAUGUGGAGUAAACCAGGCAUCCAUUCUAGUCCAGUAUCCUGUCUCCUACAGUGGCAGGAGGAAAGUACAAGCUAGCAAUAAUGGAAUAACCUGUCCAACAGAGAAGUUAUGUUUGAAACCCCUACACACAGAGGUUGGCUUGUGCCCUGUCGUGACUGCACUUUUGGCAAACACUUAAGGAAUGGUCUUAGUGGGAAUGUAAUUAGCAUUUCUUAAAUAGUACAGACUAGAUUCAGUGCAUUUGGUACUAGGCUAUACUAGUCAUGUUGGUAGUUCUGGCCCUGAUUCACACCCCAUGAAGUUCCAAUAGCUUCAGUGGGGUCAAAGGUCUGGUCAGAAUCCCUGUACCCAUAGUCUCUUAUGGGGAUGGCUAUUUAAAUUCAGCAUUCCAAGUCUCCCUUGGAAAUGUUUUAGGGCAGGAAACAAGGUUUAAAGAAACAACUGAUUCAAGGGAAUCAAUAGGCAAAACAAAAAACCCAACAAAUCCCCUCUUCCAUUGCACUUUCAGUCUCUUGAAUCAUUUCAGCUCACAUUAGUAGCACACUGCAGAAUAUACCUCUGCACAUGCCAUUUGUACCAAACUGCAAAGUAUACCUCUGCACAGGCCAUUUGUAAAACUGCAGGAUCUAUCUUACUGCAGCCCCAAUAAUAAUCUCCAGCCAGCACACAUUCUGCAUUCCUUGCUCUCUACUGAUGACAUUUUCCCUUGUCCCGAUGCCCUACAGAAGUCCCCUUUUGAGAGGUGGUCUUGGGUUGUUGCUCUAAAGAGGGAUGAAUUUUGCCCCAUCUGAGUUGGGGGAGAUAUAUCAAAAAAAGACAUGAGCCGGCUUCUGUGGAACAUCCACAAUAUCACUACUACACCACCACAGAGUACAAGAAACAUCUUUGAAAGCACGCACUUUCCAUGCUGCUCUCCUCUCUUUCAACAAAGAUACAACGAUUUUGGAGAUUUAGAAAGCCACACCUGUUUGGUCAAAGUGCAUGAAAGUGUGACAAAGUCAAUGUUAAGGUGCAGGUUAUUCUGAAGUGAUUAUUCUCACCACCUCUCUCCUGCCCACUCCCCAACCCUCAGUGAUCUCCAGCUGAAAUGCACUCUGAUGUGUUACUGCAGGGCUGCUCAGGACGCUGCUGGGUAUGGAAGACCUUCCUUGCCCCAGUGAAAUCAUCAACACCAUCAGAUCGAAAAACUGAGACAGAAUAAUGAUCUUUGUGAAGUGCAACAGGGAAAGCACCGGCAUGGCUGUGGAUCUAGCCAGUUGACAAUUUUGCAUUCCCUUUGUCGCAAUCAAUGCCUUUCUUGGCAAGUCACUCCCACGUACCCUAGGUGAUGCUGCUGGAUUCCCAGGUUUCUACUUCCACUUUAUGACCUCCACACUGUGGAUUUCCUAACAUUCUCCCACUGUUGUAGCUCCAUUUGAGUGAGAAACAGUGCCAGCAUUAGCACAUACCAGAUACUAGCGGUUUGACACUAGCGGAUGUCUACACUUGGCUUUCCAAAAUUCAUCACCCCAUAGAGAUAAUUUUCUGCAUAAUAUUUUUCACAAGUUACAGUACAGUGCCUGCAAAUUCUAGUAUCUGCUGCACUGACAAAUAGUUGCACAAGUUUGAGGCUGGGUUAACUAACUGAGAAGUACACAAGAUGUUCUGUAAGAUUAGGGGACCCGGAAGAAAGAUAACUCAGUUCCUUCUAUGCUGAUUGCCUACAGCUACCCAAAUGCAAUUUAACUCUUGCUCUAAUCAAAACUCUUUCCACACACACCCCCACCCCUUAAAGGAAACAUCUUUAAAAACAGGCAUGAAUGCGAUUAAAAAACAUCUGCUUAAAUAUAAAAUUGUGGAUUUCCCAUCAGCUAGCCUAUGCCAAAGGAUAUCAGCACUUUCUGCUUUACCAAGGUCCUGUGACCAAAGCUGAAAUUAAUUAUGGCUCUCUGUUUACAAGUGGCUGAAUUAUCUGCUAAAUUUUCUGCAGCAAGAGAAUUGUCAUUGGUUUUACACAUCAGCAUGAAGAUCAUGUACAUUUUUCCACUGUCCCAGACGCUCCCUUAUCUGUGAAAGAGCAAUUAACUUUUCCUCUUUGGAAACAUUUCCCUUAUUUUCACCCGAUUACUGCAACGUGGGAACAGGGGAGGGAAUCAGCAGCUCUAAAGGAGGAUAAACU